UCCCGUUUUAAAAUUUCAAUCACUGCAAGAAGUAUCGCCACAUUCUCGACGACACUCUCCCGACGAUCGACGCGGUUCCGGCCGCCGACUACCUGACAAAGGGUUGGAUACAAUUGAUCAGCACUUAGGGUCGCGCGUGGAUCAUGGCAGACUUAGAGAACUUGCUUCUGGAGGCAGCUGGAAGAACAAAUAAUUCUGGAAGGAACCGUCAUUCUGCUCCUCCCUCCAGAAGGCGGCGUGAGGGUUCAUAUUCUGGAAGUGACUCUAGGGAUGAUGAUUCAGAUGAUGAUCGUGGGUAUGCUAGCAGAAAGCCCUCUGGAUCUCAAGUUCCUUUGAAGAAGAGGCUGGAAGCUGCUGAAAGAGAUGAAGAUCAGGGUAGCCAGGAAGAAGGCGAUUUUGAUGAUGGUGGUUCAGGUCGUGAAGGUGACAGCAGCAAUGAAUCUGAUGAUGAUAACCAUGCACAGAUGACUGAACUUGAAAGAGAGAUGAUGAUAUUUGAAAGAGAUGAUAAGAAAGUUGAUAAGAAUUUAAGGGAUAAGUUUAGAUCAAGGCGGGAAGAGAGGUCCACCCGAUCAAGAAAAGAGACCCCUCCCCUUCCAUCAUCUCGAGGUGUGCGCCUUUCAACUAGAUCUGCUGAUCGGGCAGCUGCAAAGGAUGAUGCAUUGAAUGAGCUGAGAGCAAAACGGUUGAAGCAGCAGGACCCAGAGGCUCACCGGAGGUUGAGGGAUGCAUCUCGAGGCAGUUCAGGAAACAGGGGUUUAUCACCAAUCAAGCGAAAAACAUUUACUCCUGCAAGUCUGAGUAGCUCCAGCCAGAGUGAGGGUGAAAGUAGGUCUCACAGUGAAGAUGAAGGAUCUACAGGGGAUGGUGGAAUGGCUGACAGUGAUGACGAAAGGGGCAUGACUGGUUCAGGGGGACCAACUUUUGAAGACAUAAAGGAAAUCACUAUCAAGAGGUCAAAACUUGCAAAGUGGUUCAUGGAACCGUUCUUCGAGGAGUUGAUAGUGGGUUGCUUUGUUAGGGUUGGGAUUGGCAGGUCUAAGAGUGGGCCUAUUUAUAGGCUCUGCAUGGUCCGAAAUGUCGAUGCUACAGAGCCUGACCGGUUAUACAAGCUAGAGAGCAAGACAACAUACAAGUAUCUCAAUGUCACCUGGGGCGAUGAAAGGUCUGCUGCCCGGUGGCAGAUGGCUAUGGUUUCAGACUCUGCUCCACUUGAGGAAGAGUUUAAACAGUGGGUUAGAGAGGUGGAGAGAAGUGGUGGCCGAAUGCCAAGCAAACAGGAUGUGUUGGAAAAAAAGGAGGCUAUACAAAAAACUAAUACGUUUGUCUAUUCAGCAGCCACUGUAAAGCAGAUGUUGCAAGAGAAAAAAUCUGCCUCAUCACGGCCAUUAAACAUUGCUGCUGAGAAGGACCGACUUAGGAGGGAGUUGGAAGUUGCUCAAAGUAGGCAUGAUGAAGUAGAAGUGGAGAGGAUCAAGAAAAGAUUGCAGCAACUGGAGGCAUCGCGGGAAUCAAAGGUAAAAGAUGCUAAAGCUAUUAGGCUUGCUGAGAUGAAUAGGAAAAACAGAGUUGAGAACUUCAAAAAUGCAUCUGGACUGAAGCCCUUAAAUACAAGUUUGAAAGCAGGAGAGGCAGGGUAUGAUCCAUUUUCAAGAAGGUGGACAAGGUCAAGAAAUUACUAUGUUUCUAAGCCGGAUGAAGGAGACACAGCUGCAGUGACAAAUGGUGACAGUAAUGAUCCAUCAGCAGCUGCAGUAAUUAAUGGGGAAGGGGCAGGGGCUGGCAUGGCAGCUACAGCAGCAGCCUUGGAAGCUGCAGCUGGUGCGGGGAAGUUGGUUGAUACUAGUGCUCCUGUUGAUCAAGGAACGGAGUCAAAUGUGCUGCAUGAUUUUGAGCUUGAUAUCUCUUUGAAUACGCUUAAAAAAUUUGGUGGGCCUCAGGGAGCUCUGGCUGGAUUCAUGUCAAGGAAGCAAAGGAUAGAAGCAACAGUUGGAUGUCGUGUGCCAGAGAAUGAUGGAAGGAGACACGCUUUGACCUUGACAGUAAGUGAUUACAAGAGAAGAAGAGGGCUUCUCUGAAAUUUGAUGUUUCAGUAAGCAGUAUCUGGUUCAAGUAAAAGUUGUUUGGUUCAUUCUGUGAGUGUAAUUGAAGGAUUAUGUAGCAAGGAAGCUUUCAUUUGGGGGGAUUUCACAAUUUCUGAAUUCAAUUUAUUGUCUUGUUCUUUUUUCGGUCUGAAGAUACUAUUGGGUCCUUAAAACUCGAUUCUCUGAAGUAUCAUUCUUAAUGUAUGUAACUUUGGACGCCCAUGGGCAUGGUGGUGUUAUGAGAUAA